AUGAAGUGGCUUCCUGAGGAGGCCCUGUUUCAAGUCCUUCGGCUUUUUGUUGAUGCUCGCGCAGCGCCAGCAAUUUUGAUCUCUGGCCUUGCGCUUGACAGUGACAUUCCUCCGACGCCGGCCCUUCCUGGAGAUUUCCGUCUUCCGGUUAGUGAGGCGUGGCUCUUGGGUUUGGCCCGGUGUUUGGGAGUCCCUUAUGGGAUGCUCGGGUUCUACUCUGACAACGCCAGGGGAGGAUUGAUUCGGGACCUCUCUCCAAAACCAGGUCUUGGAGGCAUUAAUCAGCCGCACAUUGAUCUGGGCCUGGAGGCCCAGGCGUGUGUCUCAGGGGCAGCGAACGAACCUGAGGGUUUUAUUCUAUUGGCUUUGCGUGGAGAUCCUCAGCAUGGUGCGCUGACGCGGAUUUGCAGCUCGCAGCACCUCGUGGCCUGCUUAGAGCCCUGGCAAGUUCGGGCAUUGCGACGUAGCCCAGUACAAACCCAAUGCGUCAGGACGGACAGCCUCUCUCCGUAUGGCAAGCCGUUCUAUGCAAUAGCAGGGUCUGAGGAAGAUCCCAGAGUCACCUUCUUCUACAUUCCAGAUCACCAGGACUUUUCCUACCGCAUUGUCAGCGAUGAUGCGGAGACAGAGGCUGCUUAUCAACACGCUUUGAACAUGGCCACAGAUCUCGCGGACAAGGUGGAUUUGCAGGCUGGUGAUGCGCUCCUGAUCAACAAUGCUCGCUGCAACCAUGGGCGAACGGCCUUCGAACCACAACUGGACGGCUCGGACCGUUGGCUGCUCAAAACGUUCGUUACAUCAGGCUGGCGACAAGUUGGCGCCCCUGUGUCUUCAAAAAGGCCUCUUGUUUGGCCGAACUUGCUGGUGAAGCCGUGA